CGACGCCAAGCUCAACACCGUCGUCCGCACCGCGCAUGCUCCAACACCAACACGUGUUACAAUAAAACAAUUCGCGAGAAAAAAAAUGAUGCGAAAAAAUUUCGGCCUUUCAUUAUUGCUUUAAGUUUGAAAAUUUUGUUGGUUACUAAUUUUUUUUAAAGUUUGAUUUUUUCGGUAAUUUUUUUGUUGACUUGGUGAAGGGCUUCAUAUUAAAAAUGUCCAGUGAAGACACUAAAAACUCUAGCACUGGUACAAUACGUAAAAAACAUCGGUCCCGCUCAACUCCCAGGCACAACGAUGAUGUGAAACCGAAGAAAAAACGUCACAUCAGUGCUGCCAAUUCCUUUGUGUCCAUUCCCAACACUAUCAAGCUGUCGAUGCUUAAUACAGGCCUGUUGCCUACCAGCAAGUUUAGUCACGAUGAAAAUGGUAUGACACUUUCUGCAGACAAGCCCAUAGACUUAAGGGACUUCAUGAAAAUUUGUGACCACCACAGAAAGUUCUCAGUUUUAUACAAGUUGGAGUUUGAAAUAGCAAUAAAAGUUGAGGCACACUCAUGUCGACAUGGAACGAGAAAGGCCAACCUAGAAAAAAAUCAGAACCAAAGAUGCAUUCCUUACGAUUAUAAUAGAGUAGUUCUGGAGGCCAUAAAGGGAACAAGUGAUUCAGAUUACGUGAAUGCCUCAUAUGUAGAUAGUUUGUUGAAACCAAACGCGUACAUUGUUACACAGGGUCCUACGGAAGAAACUGUCACGGAUUUUUGGCGAAUGGUUUGGCAGGAAAGGGCCAGUUGUAUUGUGAUGUUGACAAAGACGUUUGAUUUUAUAAGGGUAAUGUGUGUGCAAUACUGGCCAGCCUCCCAUGAUUUGGAAGAAACUUACGGAGGAAUAACAAUUUCAAUAAUGCAGGAAGAGGAACUGGCAAAUUUUCACAUCCGUACAUUUAGGCUCUACAAAAAAGACGUCAAUGGCCAAGUUUUGGAAGAAAGGUUCAUUCUUCAGUUUCAUUUUACAGAGUGGCAUAGCCAUUCUUGCCCCUUUACGAAUGCUUUGCUUGAGUUUAGAAGACGAGUGAGGGCAGUGGUGGGCCAUAGAAUUAAAACUGAUGAAGCUGGACCUAUGGUGGUACAUUGCAAUGAUGGAGGGGGUAGAUCAGGGGUGUACUUAGCAGUAGAUGCAAAUAUGGAACUUCAAGAAGAAGAAGACAAAUUUGAUGUUUUUGGUUAUUUGAAAAAAUUAAGACUGGCUAGAAAGGGAUUGGAUCAAUACAGAUUUAUCUACGAUACACUAGAAGAAUAUGUAAUAUGUGGAAAUUCGUGGUUCCCAGUAAGCGAAUUAUCACAAAGACUUAAAAAUAAGUCCAGUAAAAACCCAACAAGCAAACUAAAUGAAUACCAAAAAGAGUACAUGUUGGUUUGCAAACAAACCCCCAGAUUUACCAUUGGUGACUGCGCUGGGGGGCACAGGGGGGACAAUAGGAAGAAAAACAGGGACGUACUUAUAGUGCCACCUGACAAUUUUCGACCUUACUUAACAUCAUUCCAGGGAAACAGCUACACAGACUACAUUAACGCUGUUUUCGUUGACGGUUACACCAAACCUAGAGAAUACAUUGUGACCGAAUGGCCUUUAAAAAACACGUGCGGCGAAUUCUGGUCGCUAGUUUACGAUUACGAGUGCUCCGCUGUGGUCAUUCUUUGUGUGCCACCAAAUAACUCGCAACAAUUUCCAUCAUUUUGGCCCGAAGGCAGAACCCCGAAAAAGUACGGCCCUGUAUUCACCAUAGACCACAUUUCUCACAACCACUAUCCCAACAUAAAAACAUGGGUUUUCCGUAUCAACAAAAAGAUCGUAUCGUUGACAGAACUGAUGGCAGGCGUGAAAGCCCCCCCAAAAACAGUUCAACUGUUUCAACUGACAUGCUGGCCAAUGGGACACAAGGUACCAACUUCUACCAACUCGUUGGUCGAGCUUAUGAAUAUGGUCGAAAGAUGGAGGCAAAGGACCGAUUACGGACCUGUAUGCGUCGUAUCACCUGAUGGUAGAAGCAGAUGCGGAAUUUACUGCGCAGCCAACGCCUGUAUAGAACAGGUCAUCCAACAUGGAGAAGUUGACAUUUUUCAAGCUGUCAGGACUGUACGCAGACACAGACCGCAGUUAAUUGAAAACAUCACGGAAUACAAAUAUUGUUACGAUGUGGUUCUACAUUAUGUUUUACAUUAUCUACAAAAGGACCUUUUAGAAAUUAAGACACCCCACCCUAAGAUUUAAGAUGAUAUACAGGCAAAAGAAGUAACAAUUUUUGAAGACUGUAUAAUAUAUAAAAUAUAAUACCUAAUAAUAAUGGCAGAAAUUAGUGUUACUUCUAAAGAGGAAAUAGAGCACUACUUACUCAAAAAAUAUGUCUUCACUUAAAAAUGCAAAAAAAUAUUAUAUUAUAAAAGAAAAAAAUGCCUUUUUUUAUUUUUUUUAGUGAAGAAAUCAAAAUAAAAAAUAUUAAAAACGCUUUCUAAUGUUAAAUAAAUUACUUACAACAGGGAACAAUAUACGUUUGUUAAAAAAGUUUCACCAAAUAAAAAUGUACCUUACAUCUAUUUUGCACCAUUUGCUUGUAUUUGCACUCGUACCUUCCAUUUUGCCGUCCAGUGGAAUAUCUUAUUUAAAUAAAAAUAUUUAAUAAUUAUUUAUUUGUUAUAAAAAUAUUUACAAAUAAAUGUUGAAUGUUUUUUUGUUGCUU